CCAAUAGAAAAACAAUUCUCCUUUGAAAUUUGACGUGAUGAUUACCACGGGCCUGGUUCUUAUGACUCCGUUUCCGUUGAAAUCAAAAAUUUCAUCUUCGCCGAGAACGAUAAACUCCACCGGUCAUGGAACCCAUCAGCAACACCAUUCCAUUUCUUCUUCUUCUUCUUUGGUUCGUUUUAAAAAUUUCCGGCAGCAUUGAUUCGAUCACAUCAACAAAAAUCCUCAAAGACCCUGAAACUGUACUGUCCAAUCGCGGUUUCUUCGAAUUGGGUUUCUUCAGCCCUCCAAAUUCGACAUAUCGGUACUUGGGGAUUUGGUGUAAACGAGUGUCUGUACCAACUGUCGUCUGGGUAGCGAACAGAGACAAACCUCUCAAGAACAAAUCCGGAGUUUUCGCCGUAUCCAACGACGGCAAUCUCGUGGUAUUAGAUGAUGAGCAGAACAAAAUUCUUUGGAAUUCCAGCGUUUCAAACGCUGCAGUGAAUUCCACCGCUCGGCUUCUAGAUUCCGGAAACCUUAUUUUGCAAGAUCCUGCUUCAGGGACCAUCACAUGGGAGAGUUUCAAAAACCCUUCAGACAAAUUCUUGCCAAUGAUGAAAUUCAUCACAAACACAAUCACGAACCAGAAAGUAGAAAUCGUGUCGUGGAAAAGCCCUUCGGAUCCAUCUUCAGGGAAUUUCUCCUUCGGAAUCGACCCUUUGACCAUCCCUGAAGUUGUAAUUUGGAAAAACGGCCGCACAUAUUGGAGGUCCGGUCCGUGGGACGGACAAGUUUUCAUCGGAAUACCCGGUAUGAACUCUGACUAUCUUCAUGGAGGUAAUCUCGUAAUCGAAAACAAAACUUACUCUCUCUCGGUUGCCAAUGCAAACGAAGCUCAGUUAUUCUUUUAUUACCUCAACCCCAAGGGAAUUCUGGAAGAGAAUCAAUGGGAUACUGAGGAGCAGAAAUGGGAGGCCGCCUGGACAGCUCCCGAAACAGAGUGUGAUGUUUAUGGCGCUUGUGGGGCAUUUGGAGUCUGUAAUUCUCAAGAUACCUCAAUUUGCAGUUGUUUAAAGGGUUUUAGGCCAAAGAAAGCAGAGGAAUGGAACAGAGGAAAUUGGACAAGUGGGUGUGCGAGGAAUUUGCCAUUGGAGUGUGAGAAGAACAACUCCAGUGAAGAAAAUGGGAGGGAAGAUGGGUUUUUGAAGGUGGAAAUGGUUAAAGUUCCAGACUUUGCAGAUUGGAUUGUUGCUUCGGAAGAUGAGUGCAGAGUCCAGUGCUUGUCAAAUUGUUCUUGUUCUGCUUAUACAUACAAAACAGGGAUUGGUUGCAUGAUAUGGAGAGGGGACUUAAUUGACAUUCAAAACUUCAAAAAUUUUGGAGUUGACAUUUAUGUUCGGGUGGCUUAUUCAGAUUUGGCUGAUGAAAGUGGAAGCACUACCAAAGACGUGAAAGCAGUCAUCAUAGCUUCUGUAAUAUCAGGAACCUUCAUCCUUAUCUGCUGCAUAUACUGCUUUUGGAAAAGGAAAAGCCAGCUGAAGUUUUUGUUUAAGACUGGUGAUAUGAAGCAUGACAAAAUGGAUCAAGUUAAGCUUCAGGAGCUGCCUCUUUUUGAUUUUGAGAAGCUGGAAACUGCGACUAAUCACUUUCACUUCAAUAACAAGCUUGGUGAGGGAGGGUUUGGGCCAGUGUACAAGGGAAAAUUGGUAGAUGGACAAGAAAUAGCAGUAAAGAGACUUUCGAAAACAUCUGGACAAGGGCUUGAAGAGUUUACAAACGAAGUAAUGGUGAUCUCGAAACUACAACAUAGAAAUCUUGUGCAACUUCUUGGAUGUUGCAUGGAGGGAGAAGAAAGGAUGUUGGUAUAUGAGUACAUGCCAAAUGGAAGUUUGGAUUCAAUUAUUUUUGAUUCCAAAAAAAAAAAUUUAGAUUGGCGAAAAAGACUAAUCAUUAUUGAAGAGAUUGUUCGAGGACUUCUGUAUCUUCAUAGAGAUUCAAGGUUAAAAAUCAUUCAUAGAGAUCUCAAAGCUAGUAACAUUUUAUUAGAUAGAGAUUUAAAUCCAAAAAUUUCAGAUUUUGGUACCGCUAGAAUUUUUUACAGCAAUGAAGCUCAAGCCAAUACGACAAGGGUUGUGGGCACUUAUGGCUACAUGUCUCCUGAAUAUGUAAUGAAAGGUCAAUUCUCGGAGAAAUCUGACGUCUUUAGCUUUGGCGUUUUAUUGCUUGAGAUUAUCAGUGGAAGAAAAAAUACAAGUUUUUAUGAUAACGAGCAUGCUUUGAACCUUCUCGGAUUCGCAUGGAAAUUAUGGAUGGAAGAUAAUUUGGUCGCUUUGAUUGAUCAAACAAUGUUUGAAUCGGAUUACAAAAUAGAGAUUUCAAGGUGCAUUCACGUGGGACUCUUAUGUGUUCAAGAAUUUACAAAUGAUAGACCAAAUAUACCGACAAUUCUUUGUAUGCUCCGUAAUGAGAUCACAGAUCUUCCAACGCCAAAGCAACCUGGAUUUAGUAGCAGCCAAAUUGAGAUGGAGAUUCAGAGAGAGCCAUUGGGACAAAAUCAUGUUGGAACUUGUUCGCCAAACAUGAUCACAGUUACCACAUUUGAAGGUCGAUAGCAUAUUUAUGCAAGUGGGUAAAUUUGUGAAUACAUUUUGGACUUUGUUUCUUAGUGGUUAUUAUUGAAUUGAGUUGAGAGCGUCUUUGAGGCA